AUGGAGACGGAGCCGGGACGGACUCUUCCCACUUGCGUGGGAGGUGACAGCUGGAUGCUUGUGGAUGAUGAUGACGACGACGACGACGACGAUGAUGAUGAUGAUGAUGAUGACGACGACGACGACGACGAUGAUGAUGAUGAUGAUGAUGAUGAUGAUGAUGAUGAUGAUGAUGAUGAUGAUGAUGAUGAUGAUGAUGAUGAUGAUGAUGAUGAUGAUGAUGAUGAUGAUGAUGAUGAUGAUGAUGAUGAUGAUGAUGAGGAUGAUGAUGAUAGUGGGGGUUCGAGAGUGCAGUCAAUUUCAGUCGUCAGCGUGAACGGUGGUGCAGAGUAG